GCGUGAAGAUGACUCUGCAGACAGCGUUAAGCAGGGUCCGGGCGCCCCCACCCCUCGCCGAGUGGGGCAGGGGUGAAGAGUCAGCGGGUUCCCGGUGACAGCCCGAAGGUGAACCCCCCAGAGGCGCUGCAUAGAAGAUGACAACAGCAGCUAGGCCAACUUUUGAACCUGCAAGAGGGGGGAGAGGAAAAGGAGAAGGUGAUUUGAGCCAACUCUCAAAGCAAUAUUCAAGCAGAGACCUACCCUCUCAUACAAAGAUAAAAUAUAGACAGACCACUCAGGAUGCCCCUGAAGAAGUUCGGAACCGUGACUUCAGGAGAGAGUUGGAAGAGAGAGAGAGAGCUGCGGCAAGGGAGAAAAACAGAGACCGGCCAACCCGAGAACAUACAACCUCCUCUUCAGUGUCAAAGAAGCCUCGGUUGGACCAGAUUCCCGCUGCCAACCUCGAUGCAGACGACCCUCUAACAGAUGAGGAAGAUGAAGAUGAAGAUUUUGAAGAGGAGAGUGAUGAUGAUGAUACUGCAGCUCUUCUUGCGGAGCUGGAAAAAAUUAAAAAAGAAAGAGCUGAAGAGCAGGCCAGGAAGGAACAAGAGCAAAAGGCUGAAGAAGAAAGGAUUCGUAUGGAAAACAUUCUGAGUGGAAACCCUCUCCUUAAUCUCACUGGCCCAUCCCAGCCUCAGGCCAACUUCAAAGUUAAAAGAAGGUGGGAUGAUGAUGUUGUUUUCAAGAACUGUGCAAAAGGUGUAGAUGAUCAGAAGAAAGACAAAAGAUUUGUAAAUGAUACGCUGCGAUCUGAAUUUCACAAAAAGUUCAUGGAGAAAUAUAUUAAAUAGUACAGUUUUAUGUGCUUAAUUAAAGGCUAUAAAAUGUAAACGAUAUGACUUUAUUUUGGUUUUUUUGUUUUUCUCUUCCCCUCCCAUCUAAAUUGUGUAUACGCUUCCCUAAUUUUAAGUUCCAAAAUAUCUUUUCCUUUAUUGAUUCCUAACUUGAUAAGGACUGGGAAUUGGUUUAACCAAUUGCCAUCUCAGUAUUUCCAGUCAUAUGUUUUUCUUUUGAAUAUGGGAAAAGGAAUCUGCUUGUAAUAAAUAUUUUUAAUAAUCUGUGUCAAA